AAGAGUGCAUCGGCCAUGGAGGCAUUCGAGAAGCUUGAGAAGGUAGGGGAAGGUACUUACGGAAAGGUGUACAGAGCGAGAGAUAGGGUUACUGGCAAAAUCGUAGCACUGAAGAAGACGAGGCUUCAUGAGGACGAAGAAGGUGUCCCUCCUACUACUCUCCGCGAGAUCUCUCUUCUGCGGAUGCUCUCUAGAGAUCCUCACAUCGUCAAACUGAUGGAUAUUAAACAAGGCCAGAACAAAGAAGGAAAGACGGUCCUAUACUUGGUGUUUGAGUACAUGGAUACUGAUGUUAAGAAAUUUAUUCGUAGUUUCCGCGCAAAUGGAGAAAACAUUCCCCCUAAAACUGUCAAGAGCUUGAUGUACCAGCUGUACAAAGGAGUUGCUUUCUGCCAUGGUCAUGGUGUGUUACACAGGGAUCUGAAACCACACAAUCUUCUGAUGGACCGUAAGACGAAUGUGCUCAAAUUAGCAGAUUUUGGACUUGGCAGAGCUUAUACUCUGCCCAUCAAGAAGUAUACGCAUGAGAUAUUAACCCUGUGGUAUAGAGCCCCUGAGGUUCUUCUUGGAGCUACUCAUUACUCCACAGCAGUUGACAUGUGGUCUGUUGGUUGUAUAUUUGCUGAACUGGUCACAAAAAAAGCCCUCUUCCCAGGAGACUCUGAGCAGCAACAACUGCUUCACAUUUUCAGAUUGCUAGGUACUCCUAAUGAAGAACUCUGGCCCGGGGUGAGCAAGCUAGUUAACUGGCAUGAAUACCCCCAAUGGAACCCCCAGCCACUCUCAACUGUUGUCCCUGGUCUAGAUGAAGAUGGGCUCCAUCUUCUAUCUGAGAUGUUGCAUUAUGAGCCAGCUAAGAGGAUUUCAGCAAAGAAAGCUAUGGAACACCCCUAUUUUGAUGAUCUGGACAAAACUCCUCUCUGAAGUCCUGCACCAUG